AUGGCGACGGCGGCCCAGGGCGCGCUGGGAGCGACGGAUGACGGUGGCAGCAGCUCCGUGAGCAGCUCCGUCAGUUCGGCCCCGCCGGAGGCACUGGAGGCCGUGGCCGCGGAGUGGAUGCUGGAGUUCGCCUGCUCCUGCCUGUGCCGGCACUUCGCGGAGCAGAGCGGGGCGGAGUUCUGGCGCUGGAGGGACGUUGCGCAGGCUCUUAUUAGUGGCUUCUCCCGAAUACCUCCACAUCAGAAAAAAACAGUCUAUCUCUGCCAGCUUUUGAUAAGAGUUGCACAAGGAAAAAGCCUUGGAUUACAGUUUGAAAAUGAUAAAAGAAUUUCGCCUUUGGAAUCCGCUCUGUCUUUCUGGACUUUACUUGAAAGGGAAGAAAUUAAACUGGAAAAACUUCAUGAAGAAAUUCGUCGCUUGAUUCAAAUUCAGAUUGUAGCAGUCCAUAUGGAAAACAGGUAUUUCAGGGAAGCUGCUGAAGUUCUUGAAAGGCUGUUCACAGACUCUGAAUCAGAUAAGCCUUUAAGGGUGAAGCUGGCAACCAUAAUUAAAACCAGGGAUCCGUAUGUUCCUCUUCUCCAAAGCUUCAGUUACGGUCUUUUGAUAAGUAAAAUCAAGUCUUACAUUGAAAUUUUCAUGAAAGAAAAUGAAACUAACUUCUUAAUACAGGAAGCCACAAAACAUGUGGUGUCUAAAGGAUUGGGAGCAACAACAUUGCAGAACAGACCUGUGAAAGUCAAUGAAAAUGGCAGAAGUGAUUUGGAAAAAAAACAUAGGUUGGUGAAAGAGAAACAGUAUAUCACAAGUCAGUCAUCUGGAGUCAUAAAACCCAUAGCAAGGAGACGUUCAGGACAGAAGCCCAAAGAGACCAGAGUUCUUCAGAGUCUUACCAGCAUGCAAAAUGUGGGACAAAACGAAGUUUCUUUAGCAUGUAGCCGAAGAAGACAGAAAUGGACUCCGAAAGAAGACCUGGAGCUGAAAUUGGGAGUAAAGGAGUUUGGAGUGGGUAACUGGGCUAAAAUUUUAGCCCAUGGUGCCUUCGACAACCGAACAAGUGUCAUGUUGAAAGACCGGUGGAGAACAUUGAGCAAGAUGAAACAAAGUUGA